AUGAAAGCACUCAUCUACAAAGACCCCAACCAGGCGGUGGUGGUAACAGACCACGAAAUCCCCAAACCGCCCGACCACAAUCUCCUCAUCAAAACAGUGGCCAUCGCUCUCAACCCCACUGACUGGAAACACGUCGCAGAACCAAUUGCUGUAGACGGAUGCCUCCUCGGCGUCGACUUUGCCGGCAUAGUUGAAGAAGUUGGUCCCAACGUGACCAAGCCGUUCAAGAAGGGUGACCGAGUAGCCGGCUUCUCCAGUGGAGGCAAUUCAUACGACAAGAGUACAGGUGCUUUUGCGGAGUAUAUUCUCGCCAAGGAAGUUACGUCGUUCAAGAUCCCGUCCACGCUGAGCUUUGAGGAGGCUUCUACUCUCGGGACUGGGCUUAUAACUGUUGGCCAGGGAUUGUAUGAGAAGGAUUACGGGCUGGAAUUGGCUAUGCCGAACGAGCCUACCAAGGUUCCUGAGUAUGUCCUCAUUUACGGUGGGAGCACGGCGACGGGGACGUUGGGAAUUCAAUUUGCAAAGCUGUCAGGAUACAAAGUCAUAAGCACAGCAUCCCCCAAAAACUUCGCCCUAAACAAAAGCCUAGGCGCCGAAGAAGUCUUUGACUACACAGACCCCGAAUGCGGCAAGAAGAUCAACGAAUACACCAAAAACAAACUCCGCUACGCCUGGGAUUGCAUCGCCAGCGCCGCGGCAGCCCAGAUCUGUGCCGACGCACUCACCACAGAGCCCGGUGCUCGAUACGGCAGUAUCCGAAGUGUGGAAUUCCCGCGUAAAGAUGUCAAACAUUCAGAGACGCUUGCGUACACGGCUGUGGGCGAAGACAUUGAGAAACGUGGCCGUCAGUAUCAUAAUAAUGAGAAACAUGGUGAAUUUUCAUCCAUGUUCUUUGAUAUUGCGAGGUCGUUUCUUGCGGCGGGCAGAGCGAGGCCGCAUCCUGUUAGUGUGCGGCCCAAGGGUCUUGCCGGCGCGAUUGAGGGGAUGGAGGCAAUGAGGACGGGGAAUUAUAAUGCUGAGAAGCUUGUAUAUAGAGUUUCUGAGACUCCUUGA